GGCCCACUGGGCAGCGGCGGCGCGCACUGGCGUAGACACGCUCCGGCCAUGGUGGUGGUUGCACCCGCGCAGAGCCCGGCCGCCGGGGCCCCUAAAGUACUCCUUCUGUCCGGCCAGCCCGCUGCUGUCGCCGGAGCCCCGGCAGGCCGGGCUCUGCCGGUCAUGGUGCCGGGCCAGCAAGGGGCCAGCCCGGAGGGGGCGAGCGGGGUUCCGCCCCAGGCGCGCAAGCGACAGCGCCUCACGCACCUGAGCCCCGAAGAGAAGGCGCUGCGGAGGAAACUGAAAAACAGAGUAGCAGCUCAGACUGCCAGAGACCGGAAGAAAGCUCGAAUGAGUGAGCUGGAGCAACAAGUGGUAGAUUUGGAAGAAGAGAACCAAAAACUUUUGUUAGAAAAUCAGCUUUUACGAGAGAAAACUCAUGGCCUUGUAGUUGAGAAUCAGGAGUUAAGACAGCGGUUGGGAAUGGAUGCCCUAAUGACUGAAGAGGAAGCAGAGACCAAGGGGAAUGGAGUGGGGCUGGUGGCCGGGUCUGCUGAGCGCAGCACUCAGACUACGUGCACCUCUGCAGCAGGUGCAGGCCCAGUUGUCACCCCUCCAGAACAUCUCCCCAUGGACUCUGAUGGCAUUGACUCUUCAGACUCUGAGUCUGAUAUCCUGUUGGGCAUUCUGUUCAACUUGGACCCAGUCAUGUUCCUCAGAUGUCCUUCCCCAGAGUCUGCCAGCCUGGAGCAGCUCCCAGAAGUGGACCCAGAAGGACCCAGUUCCUUACCGGCCUCCCCUUCUCCAUCCCUGGGGACGUCAUCAGCCAAGCUGGAAGCCAUUAAUGAACUGAUUCGUUUUGAUCACGUAUAUACAAAGCCCUUAGUCUUAGAGAUGCCCUCUGAGACCGAGAGCGAAGCCAAUGUGGUAGUGAAAAUUGAGGAAGCACCUUUCAGCCCCUCAGAGAAAGAUCACCCUGAAUUCACUGUCUCAGUGAAGGAAGAACUUGUAGAAGAUGACUUCAUUCCAGAGCUGGGUAUCUCAGAUCUGCUUUCAACCAGCAACUGCCUGAAGCCAUCUUGCUGCCUGCUGGAUGCGUACAGUGACUGUAGCUGUGAGGGGUCCCCUUCUCCCCUGAGCGACAUGUCCUCCCUGCUUGAUGCAGACCAUUCUUGGGAGGACCCUUUUGCCAGUGAACUCUUUCCCCAGCUGAUUAGUGUCUAAGGAGUGAUCCGGUGCUGAUGCUCUGACUGUGACACUGCCUGGAGGACAGCACAAGGCCUGUGCUUCACCCAGAAAGCCAAAGUAGAGGGGGUGCGGUCCUAGAGAAUCCCUCUAAAGUAUUUGUUCAAGCCUCCUAGGUCACCCCAAGUAUUGUCUUUUGACCUUUAGUGGUCCAGGGUACGUAGAUACAUUACUAUGAUCCAGAAUUACAGCUUCUGAGGGUGUACCUUGAUCUUAAGGGCGGUGGUUUGCCCUGAAGUACUUACACAAGGGUCACGCGAUAAGUGUUUCAGACAUGGAGUUAACGAAUGGUCCUUCAUCAAUUUCUCUUUUCCCUUCUCAGCAUCCCAGGCUUGCCUCCGACUUUAGGUCCUUUAGUUUGCUUCUGCAAGCGGAACACCUACCUGAGGGGGCUCCUUUUCCCUCAUGUACAGUUCAAGUACAGAUCAAGAAUCUUUAGUAAAAUUACGGACAGCUACUAUGUAAACGCUCGAUGAAAUCUUUCCGUGCUAGUGUGACUUUGGACGGUGCUUUCUCCAUUUAUUUAAAACUACCUGUGCAAUUAAAAAGUACAAUGCA